CAGUGAUAUCAAGACUACUAUCGCUAUCCCCUCCGUCGCCUCGGAUCGUGGCCGGCUGUACUCUUCUUGCGUGCGUCGUAGUCGGCGUUCGGUUUGAUAAAGACAUUGUUCGGACUGAUAAAAGGUGCUGUUGAUCCACCGAUGCUUCUUCUGCUAUGUUUAUUGGACAGAUCGUGUAGCGCUGCUGUGCAUCAACUCGCUGAGUCUCUUUGGGCGCAGUUCCAGACAGUUCUCUGGGCAUACCAUAAAAGCGAUCUUGACAAAGACAGGACAGCAGUUCGACGCCGAGUAUGGGAUCUCACCGACGUCAUUUGUCGCAUGUUCCAUCUCGGUCUAUCUCAUCCACCUUCACCUCGUAUAAUGUGGAACCUGGAGACGUGCAGGAAGAUUCAUUCAAGGGCGAGGUCAUCGGAACGAAAUGAUCGGCAUCCAUCGGCAGCGCUGCUAAAAGUACAGCGCUUCAGGUUCGCCGUCGAUGCCGAUCAAUCCUGAUAGGGCUCUGCAGACCCUGCCUGGUUGUGGCAGCAUCAAAUUUUCGUGACGAAGCCAUUUCCACUCAUCAGAAGACCUUG